AUGACGUCGCGCGUCCAGCUCGACUUCUUCGUGCCGCCGCCGGAGCGGCGACAGUGCGUGCGCGAACGACUGGCGCAGCAGCGCGCCCCGAUGUUUGAAUGGCGGCACGACUUUGCGGAGUCCUCUUUCGACGCUGCCACUGGCGAGCGCCGCCCGCUGCAACGCAUCUUCAACCCCGUGGCGAAGGAGCACCCGGCUUCUGCGCGCAGGACCCGCGCCGCGACACACACCGCGGCUGCGCACCCCGCAGCCACCACAGCGUCCUCAGCACGGCCAGCGACAGCCCCCGUGUGGGAGGCUGCGGCGAGCGGCAACGCUGAUCGGCGCAACGCGUGGAAGCAGUCCGGCUUCACGUUCGCCGAGAACUACUUCCGCAAGAGCGCGCACUCGCUCGUGUCGCCGUCGCGCCCCCACACGUCCGCCUCUACGCCUGGCUUGCUCCGCAGUGCGAGCAGAGACGGGGUGUACGUGCCUUACCUGCACGACACCAUUCUCUUCUGUGAGCCUCUGCCGCCUUCGACGGAGCCGCCUCGUGGUCGCCCUGGUGGCGGCGGCGGCGGCGGCGACGGCGGCGGCGCUGCCGCAGAAGCCGACCAGCUGCCGCCGGUCCAACGGACGCCCUCCACGGCAAGGGUGGCGCUGGCCGUCACGUGCAACGCCGCCGAGUCGCGUGGGAGGGAGUUGCAGGCGUCGAUUGAUGCGAAGCGGGCAGAGCUGCUGGGCCUCUCGAAGCCGUCGACGCCGUCGCAGAAAACGCAGCAACAGCAGCAGCAGCAGCAGCAGCAGCAGCUGGCGACCUACCUGUACGCUGCUGGCGUCGAGAGCGUCACCUUCAAUGACGGCGACGACGCGUCGAGGGCCGCCGCCACGAUCGCCAGCACCACCGGCGGCGUCAACUACGUCAACACGGCGGCGAUCGCGCGAGCAGAAACGUGCUGCGGCGUCGUGGGGCCCUCCAUCGCGGCCAAGCAGCGCGCGUUGGCGAUGGCCGAGGGCGUGUACGCAGACCUCAUCCAUAAUCGAGGGAGCGCUUGGUCAGCAACGCCGACGGCGGCCACAGCGAAGACGGAGCUGCCGACGUGCGAGCUGGCCUACAGCCUGAGGCCGUCAUACGUGCAGUCGCGUCUUCGUCGAACAGCAGGGCUGCGCAGCAGCAGCAGCAGCAGCCAGAAUCUCGGCACCGCCGGCAUCCUCUCAGACCGCUACUCCGCAUCGUUGGAGGAGGGGAUGGGUGGUACCACGCCGCACACCGCGGCGGCGACAUUGCCCAUGACGACGUGCGCGUCAGCGCCGCGCAUCUGCGGUCAUCGCGGCAAUGGUGUAUCCGGGCCACCAUCGGAGCGCGCCAUCACGCAGUCCCCUGGCGACGAUAGCAUCGCCGGGACAGUGCCGCUGGCGGCGACGGAGGCGGGGCUCGCGGAUACAUCAGCCUAUUUGCGGCGCAGCGGCAGCACGGCGUACCACAGUAGCACGACGGCACUACCGCCGCCAGCCCUCUCGUCGAUGGAACUCCGGCACGACGUGGAGGACACGGCGGAGGCGCGCAGCCCCGACGGCGUCAGUGGCCGAGCCACAUCCAAGACAUCGCCCACUGCGGACGCGGCCGGCGCGCGAGCCGGGCACCGCCAGGACCGUCAGUCGAUCCCGUCACCGCUGCCGAGCAACGGAAACGUGCAGCGGCAGUCCGACUCGAACCCGUUGCUAAACCUUCUCUACCGGACAAGCAUCAGCACCGACUCGCCGACGAACCUGCGCACCUACGGCGAUGCCGGCGGCAGCACCGUCGCUGGCGGCAGCAACUACGGCAGCGGCGACGGGCGUCAGCGCCAUCGUCGAGAUGGGCGCGACGCCAGAGACAGCCCUCGCCAAAGCCCCCUCAGGCAAAGAGGUGGCAGAGACGUGAGCGGCGAUGCGCAGCAAGGGCAUCAGCGCCGCCAGCGACCUUUCACGGCCUACCGUCUGCCGACGGAGUCCAAGGAGACGCGGGUGUACGCGGUGCGGCUGCGUAACUUUUUAAACUCGGACGCGUCGCUCCUCAAGCGCGCCGAGCCGCCGCGGCGCGGGAUACCGGUGCUGCUGCCACUGGACUGGCAGCCGAACUGCUGA